ACCCUUUAGCAGAAAUCUUCAAGUUCUCGUCGACGCAAAAUUCAAAUCCUUUUGCAGAAAUUUUCAAGUUCUUGUCUACGUCUAUUGUUCUCGUGAAAUUCCGUCGUUUUCAGACUGCAAUGGUUUUCGGAAAUCUCAACGCCGUGCCUAUCAUCAACCUGAUGAAUCAACGGAAAGAAAAGGAAAGGGAAAAGGAAGAGGAAGAGGAAGAGGAAGAGGAGGAGAGUACUUUGAGUCUAUUAGGAGGAUCGUCUCAGCCUAUUGAAGUAGAGGUUCCGGGAGAAACAAUUGCAGAGUAUCCCAUGCGUGGCAAGUUUGUUUGGAGGGUUGAAAAUAUCUCUGGUUCUGAACUGGUGUAUUCUAGUGUAUACAACCUUGGUGAUUCAAAAUGGCGGAUUAUGAUUCUACCAAGGGGGCAAGGUCAUAAGUUCGUAUCUUUGUAUUUGGAAGUUGCUAAUGCCACUUCUUUACCAAUUGGUUGGAGCAUUUUUGUACAGUUCAAGUUAGCCAUCGUUCAUCCAUAUGACAGUGACUUAACUUUUCCAAGAGAAGCAUACCACCACUUUAAUGCCGAAGAAAGUGACCAAGGGUUUCCAUGUUUCAUGCCCCUUCAAGUAUUUCAUAGUCAAUGCUUUGGUUAUGUUGUCGAUGAUGCAUGUACGAUUGAAGCAGAGGUUGUAAGCUAUGGAGUCACAGAAUGUUGGCAAAAUGAUUUCAAGAAAGAAGUUGAGUUUGUUGGAUUAAAGAAUCAAGGAGCUACAUGUUAUUUAAACUCUCUUCUGCAAACAUUGUAUUAUAUUUCUUCUUUCAGAAAGGUGGUAUAUCAAAUGCCUACCUCUUAUACCGAUGAGCCGGCAAAGAGCAUUCCCCUAGCCCUUCAAAGAUUAUUUUAUAAACUUCAAUAUAGUAAGAGCAGUGUUGCAACAAAUGAGCUGACGGGAUCCUUUGGUUGGAAUCGACUUGAUGUUUCUAAUACGCAACACGAUGUGCAAGAAAUAAAUAGAUUACUAUGUGAAGCACUUGAAGAAUUUCUGAAGGGGACUGCGGUAGAUGGUGCUAUAAAACAAUUAUUUGAAGGCCAUCACAAGAACUACAUUGAAUGCAUUUAUGUCGACUACAGUUCUAGCAAAAUGGAGUCAUUUUAUGAUCUUCAGCUUGAUGUCAAGGGUUGCCGGGAUGUCUAUGCUUCACUUGAUAAGUUUGUUGAAGUUGAAUAUUUAGACAACGACAACAAAUAUCAUGCCGAACACUUUGGUUUACAAGAUGCUCGGAAAGGAAUCUUAUUUAUGGAUUUCCCACCUGUGCUUCAGUUGCACUUAAAGAGGUUUGAGUAUGACGUUGAUCGAGGGAUUAUGGUAAAGAUAAAUGACCGGUAUGAGUUCCCCAUUCAACUGGAUUUGGACAAAGAUGAUGGAAAGUACUUGUCACCCGAGGCUGAUAGAACAAAACGCAACCUUUAUGCACUUCAUAGUGUUUUGGUGCACGUUGGUGGCAUCCAUGGUGGGCAUUAUUAUGCUUUUAUAAGACCAGACUUAUCCAACAACCAAUGGUAUAAAUUUGAUGAUGAACAAGUGACUAGACAAGACAUGGAGACAAUCAUAGAAGGGCUUUAUGGUAGCGAAGAACACGACACCCGGUCAUUUUCUAGAAUGGGUAUGAGGGCCUCAAAUGCAUACAUGCUGGUGUAUAUACGCGAGAGUGACAAGGAACAAAUACUAUGUGAUGCUGAUGAGAAUGACAUUGCCAUCCAUCUUAAGGAGAUGUUGAGGAGAGAAUUGGGAGGGAAGAAAGAAAUUGCAGAAACUGAUGCUCAUGCAAUUGUAAAGGUCGCAACUGAUGAUGAUAUUUUCAAACAAAUUGGAAGUGAUACAUAUUUUGAUUUAGUGGAUUUUGACAAAGUUAAAAGUUUCCAUGUUCGGAGAUCUAUGCCUGCUAAGGUCUUAAAGGAAGUAGUGGCGAAAAAAAUUGAUGUUCUUUCCCGAUACAUGCGUUUUUGGGUAUGUGCUGAGCGCAAGAAUGGUUCAUGUCGUCCUCUCCGAGCACUCCAAGACGUGUCACAAAGUGUUGAGGAUCUAACAGAUUUAUAUGGAAAAGAUGGUACGCUGAAAUUAUUUGUAGAAGUGGAACUUGGAUCGGAUUCAAGUUGCAUGUUUCUCCCUUGUAUAACAAAAGAUGACAUCUUACUAUUCUUCAAAGUUUAUGAUCCCGAGACUGAAAAAAUAAGAUAUGCUGGAAGACUUUUUGUUAACCGCCUUGGAAAGCUGAUGCAUAUUUUGGAUAAAUUAAAUGAACUUGCUGAUUUUGAUGCUCAUGAAAGUAUCGAAAUUUACGAGGAAAUAGGCCAUAAGCCUCACAUCAUAUGUGAACCUAUUGACAAUACAUUGUCAUUUAGAUCUUACCAGAUUGGAAAUGGGGACAUUGUGUGCUACCAAAAGUCUUCUUCUCCUCAAAUCAUGGAACAACUAUGCUUUCCAGAUAUUCCUACAUUUUUUAAACAUCGUCAUAAUAUCCAAGUAGAUCAAACCAACUUGAGUUUGCCAGUGACUGAAAGUGAUGUAGCGGGAUCAUCCACUGAAUUAGAGUCGGAAACAAGGUUCUCAACAGAGUUGGAGUCGGAAGAAUGACUUAUUCACAACGAAGUUAGAGUUGAAAACAAGACUUACUCACAAAGAAGUUAGAGUUGGAAUCAAAAGUAUGCUCUGUUAAUGGAGAUCAAAGUAGCAAUAGAAAGGGAUAAAUCAACAAAAUGUAAAAACAUAUAUGGGAUAUAACAUGUCAUUGUAUGUACCUGGAGAAAAUUUGACUCUGAUAGCAUCUUAGAAUAUGAAGUUCAAAUUCUCUAUUUUG